UAGCUAUAAAAGGAAAAACGAGUUAGAACAACACAUGUACAGACAGCAUCGUGAUGAGAUUUUAUCUAAAAUUCCACCAAACGACCCGAUGAUAAUAAGCCGUAAAUGUAAUUUUUGCCUUAAAGUUUGUCCAUCUCCCGCUGAUUUAAGACGUCAUCUCAGAAUUCACACCGGAGAACGGCCAUUUUCGUGUAUUUUUUGCAACGGCACUUUCAAUGACAAAAGUAGUUUAAACAGACACAUCAAAAGAAUCCAUUCGAAAGAGAAAACUUCAUCUGGCUCCGAACAAUCUCAACAAAAGGACAAUGAACAAAAAUUUUUAAAGUCCUCUUCUAAUAAAACAUCGUCUGAAACAACAACAAGUACAAAUAACAAUAACAAGGAUGAUGAACAAUGUAAAGCAGACCACAAAGACGAUAUUCCCAGAUUGUCGGUAAUAGUAUUUCAAUGUCAUUUAUGUUCGUUCAGUACUCGGUCGAAUGAGAAAUGGUUAGAACAUAAGCAUUGCCAUAUUGAAGACAUUCCUUGCACGUCAACGGAAUCAGAAAAAAGAGAAAGCAAAGAAACACAAGCAGCCAGAGAAGGAGGAUCGAAGAAAAAGAAAUCAGAGAUGGUAGAGGCUGACAAGCAGCCUUUUAAAUGAAGCAGCCUAAAUAAAUGAAGAAAUAACAACACGAUAAAAAGAUUAAUAAAAUUUUAAUUACAUUUUUUUUUAUUCUGCACAUUAUCGAAAUAAAUUUUAUUAUUCGUGCUUAAUGUGAAUGUUUAAAAUAUAGGAACAUUCUAAUUAAAUUUACAAUCAGUAAACAACAUUUCAUCAAUUAAGUACUGAAAAUGUUAAGGAAGACAAUUACAAUAAUAGAAAUUUAUAUGAAAAAAUUUAUGACAAAAUGUAUAACGCUAUUUUAAAUGAUAUUAAUGUGCACAUACAUCAUUAUUAGCCAUAUAUUUCAAAAUUGUGUACAAUUGAUAUUAAAAUAUUGUAAUUUUAAUCUGG